UACAUAUUCUAUAUAUAUAUAUAUGUGUUAUUAUUAUUAGGCAUGCCUGUUUUUGUUGUGUACAUCUAGUCUCAGCCACUCAACAACUAUCAGAAACUUUGUAAGAGCACUACUCUCAGCUAAGAUGAUCUUUUUCAGUUAUUUUACUGAUUAAUACAUAUAUAAUCAAGCAUUUAUUAAACUCUAGUUGAUUGCGUCUUCACAAACAGUCUUCUCAGCAACAUAAGAUAUUUAUGAUGCGGAUUGGAACUUGGAAUCUCAGUACCAUUGACUAGUCGUCUUUGGAUAUUACUAAAAGAUAUGAUUGCUAGAUAGACACUUCAUAGAUGGCAGAGAUUGCUGUAGGCCUAGUUGUAGACAAGUUGAUUCCGUUGCUAAGUGAGGAGGCAUAUUUGUUGAGAGGUAUUCACAAUGAUGUUGAGGGAAUCAAAUGUGAUCUAGACUUUCUGCUCGCUUUCCUUAAAGAUACUGAUGCAAGAGUUGAUACAGAUCAAAGCAACAAAAGUAGCCAUAGCAUUAAAGUGUGGGUGGAGAAGCUUCGAAAAAUAGCAUUUGAAGUGGAAGAUGUUAUUGAUGAAUACACACAUCUUAUGGUGAAACAACAGCUAAAUCAUCCCCAUAUCCAAAGAUUUAUUGGCUUUUUUCGUAAAAGCGCUUGCUUGGUUAUCAAACUAAAAUCACGACAUGACAUAGCUUCUAAAGUAAAAGAUAUCAGACAAAGGAUUCGGGAUAUAAAUCAAACAAGUGCAUCUUACGACUUACAUGACAACUCUUCAUCUGCUUCUCAAUCAAGUAAAUGGUAUGAUCCUCGAAAAGGCUCAUGCCUAAUUGAAGAAAGUGAUCUUGUAGGCAUUGAAUCUUCUAGAGAUGAAUUGAUUACAAAGGUGGAAUGUGGAUCUCCAAUGCGGACUGUAAUCUCUUUAUUAGGGAUGGGUGGACUUGGCAAGACCACUCUUGCUAAUCGAGUCUAUGUUCAUACAAAAGAUAGUUUUGAUUGCCAUGCUUGGAUUGAAGUUUCUCAGUCAUACCAAAGGGUGGAGCUGCUACAAAUGCUAGUGAAAAAGUUCUAUGAGUCGAGAGAAGAAUCUGUUCCGAAAGGACUUGAUGCAAUGGAUGAAAUCAUAUUGACUACAAAGUUAAGAGACUACUUGCGAGAAAAGAGCUAUCUUGUCAUUUUUGAUGAUGUUUGGAAGACGAAUUUUUGGGGUGAUAUACAAGAUGUUUUACCUAAUGAUGGCAACGACAAAAAUAAAAGAAUAGUCAUCACAACUAGAUAUGUUGAAGUCGCAAAUUUUUGUAAAGUAUCAUCAUGUGUUCAUAUCCAUAAUCUGCAACGUCUCUUUCCAGAGAAGGCAUGGGAGCUCUUUUGUAAAAAAGCUUUUCGCUACGAACUUAUUGUUGAUUGUUGUCCACCCCAUUUAGACAGAUUGUCACAUGAGAUUGUUGAAAGAUGUCAAGGAUUACCACUUGCUAUUGUUGUCAUAGCUGGUCUUUUAUCAACAAAAAGCAAGACUACUGAUGAGUGGAGAAAAUUACUUACAACUCUUAGUUCAGAGUUGCAGAGCAAUGAACAUCUAGAAAGCAUAACGAAAAUUCUUUCCCUCAGUUUCAAUGACCUACCUUAUCAUCUUAAAUCUUGCUUCUUGUAUUUGGGAUAUUUUCCUGAAGACUACGAAAUCAGAUGUGGAAGAUUAGUUCGCCAAUGGAUUGCUGAAGGCUUUGUAAAGUCGAAAAAAGAUAAAACGUUAGAGGUGAUUGCAAAAGAAUACUUGGUAGAUUUAAUAAAUAGAAAUCUCAUUCAGGUGUCAGAGGUAAAUUUUGAUGGAAAAGCUAGAACAUGUCGAAUCCAUGAUCUUCUUCGUGAGAUUGUCCUCAACAAGAUGGAGGAUUUAAGCUUCAGUCAAGUUUUGUCAACAAAGGUUUCAAACUUCAACGGAUCAGCUCGACGCGUUUCAAUAAUCAAUGGCUCUUAUGAAGUUAUUAAGAAUAAUGCUUAUGCGAUUUCUCAGGUGCGAUCUAUUUUUAUCUUUGAUAAAGGCAAAAUUCUUAAUCAUCAUAUACGUGAAAUCAUCAUAAAUUUUAAGCUCCUAAAAGUUCUUGAUUUUGAAGAUGCUCCAAGUCUAGAUCUCCUUCCCAAAGAUAUUGGAAACUUAUUUCACUUAAAAUAUUUAAGUGUUCGAGGCACAAGGGUUGCGUUUUUGCCUAAAUCAAUUGGAAAAUUAAUAAAUUUAGAGACAUUAGAUUUGAAACAAUCAUUGGUGUUUACGAUACCGGUUGAGAUCAAAAGGCUUCAAAGAUUGCGAUACCUUUUAGCUUACCAUGCAAAUAUGAAUGAAUUUAGUUCAUUUAAUUUAGUAAAAGGAGUACAAGUACAUAUUGGAAUCGGACGGUUAACAACCUUGCAGAAAUUAUAUUUUGUUGAUGUCAAUGUUACUGGAUUUGACCUGUUUAAAGAGUUAAGCAAGUUGACUGAGUUAAGAAAAUUAGGCAUCUUAAAUUUAAGAAGUGAAGAUGGAAUGAAAUUAUGUGAUUGUAUUCAAAGGAUGAAUCACCUUGAAUCCCUUCACGUAAGUUCAGUAAGUGAAGAUGAUACAAUUGAUUUGGAAUCCAUAUCUUAUCCCCCUCAAUUUCUUCGGUGUCUCCACUUACAAGGGCCUUUGAAGAACUUGCCUAAAUGGAUCCCAGAGCUUCAAAACCUAACUAGGAUAUCGUUUUUUUGGUCAAAGUUAGAAAUUGAUCACUUGAAUGUCCUUCAAAACAUACCAAUUCUUUCGGAGCUUCAAAUAUUUUAUGAUGGGUAUGUUGGUGAGAAAUUGCACUUUAAGGAAAGAACUUUUCCAAAUCUUAAGGUGCUCAUGCUCUAUUCCUUGAGAAAAUUACAAUUCAUGGUAAUAGAAGAAGGAUCAUUGUGUAAUCUUGAAGAGUUGUUCAUUGGGCCUUGCCCUCAACUAAAGGAGCUUCCCUCUGGAUUUCAGCAUUUGACAAACAUCAAAAAAGUUCAUUUGCGUGAAUUGCCAACAAUUUUCUGGAUGUCCAAUACAUUUCAAAGCUAUAGAAAUAUUGGAGUAGACAUUCAGCUUCUUUACAGAAUUCGUGAUGAAUUGUGGAGCUUCAGAUUGGAAUGGGUUAUGCAAUUCGUGGAAUAUUUGCGAGACCAUGUCAGCAAAGAAGAAUGGGAGUCACAAUUGGAUAAUUAUUUCAGUGAACGAGCUUAUAACGACGACUAGGUAUAUCUCAGAGUACCAAGCUUGCGGUCUUUCGUUUGUUGUGGGUAUUUUAUUUUAUUGUGGGUUUGUGCUGCCUUUGUGGAUGUGAGAUUUCAGUUAUGGGAUAAUGAGCUAUUAUGUGUAUUUAAUGGAACUGAUUAUCAUUUUACCAUAUGUAAUGUACUGCUACAAAAUGUUCUUGAAUUCGGUGUUGUAAUUAUUUCAGAUCAUUUUGCUCUCCUACUUCUUGUCCUUUUGUUUCUCAUUCAAUUGACAAAGACUUGAGAGAAUCAAUAUGUCAUUAAAGGACAUUGAAAGUAGUCGGAUUGUAUCAUCAGUCUAUAUAAAUUCAUGAUCGCAUUGAUCGACUGGACUCAGUUAUUUCA